AUGGACGCGGCGGCGGCGCGCAGCAAGGCUGUGGCCGGCGGGGAGCAGCUCGCCGCCGGGAGGGACGGAAGCGGCGGCAACGAGGAGGUGUCCUGGCGGAGGGCGUGGCCGGGAUGGCGCCCACCGGCGCGGGUGGAGGUGGUCGUGAUGGGUUUCUUGUCCACCUCGACGCUGCUCAUGCUGGCCUUCGGCGGCGCCGGGAACCACCAGCCCGCGUUCUCAUCGUCGCCGCGAAGCGAGUUCGUGCAAAUCCCAGUUUACGCAGCAUCCCUUGUCCGUGAGCAUGUCGCGGGACCGGCCCCGCCGCCUCCUCGGCACGACCAAGACCGCCUCCUCGGCGGGCUCCUCUCGCCGGCCUUCGACGAGCAGUCCUGCCGUUCCCGGUACGCGGCGUCUCUCUACCGCCGCCCGUCACCGUUCCGGCCAUCCACCUACCUCGUGGAGCGCCUCAGGCGGUACGAGGCUCGGCACAGGCGGUGCGGCCCCGGCGCGCCGCUGUUCAAGGACGCCGUCGAGCACCUGCGGUCCGGCCGCAACGCCGCGCGCUCCGAGUGCCAGUACGUCGUCUGGACGCCGACCAACGGCCUCGGCAACCGCAUGCUCUCGCUCGCAUCCACCUUCCUGUACGCGCUCCUCACCGACCGCGUCCUGCUCGUGCACGCGCCGCAGGAGUUCGACGGCCUCUUCUGCGAGCCCUUCCCCGGCAGCUCCUGGGCGCUCCUCGCCGGUUUCCCGAUCACCGACUUCACCGGCAUUUUCACCAUGGGGUCGCCAACGAGCUACAAGAACAUGCGGCAGGCCGGGGCCGUGAGCGGCGACCACCGCAACGUCACCGCCGAGAGCCUGCCCGCGUGUUUUAAAUCAUUUUCCUUUUGUUUUUAG